AUGGUAGGUUUAAGCAGCGUGUCCGUCCCAUCGCACCACGAAAGGACACAAACUUAUCGCUUCGCGCAGGGCUCCGCAAUCAAUCUCGACGAUAUCAAGCGCUACGAGGUCACUGAGGUGUACUGCCACCCUGACGCCAAAGUCGACAUAGUCCUCGUCCAUGGCCUGAAUGGCAAUCCGAGGAACACAUGGACCGCUCCGAAUGGGGUAUUCUGGCCAAGUCAGCUUCUGCCGGCUUCCCUGAAGUCGCACCAGGCGAGAAUACUGGUCUAUGGGUAUAAUGCAGACGUCUACACAUUUGGCAGUGAGAAGAGUGGUCCGAGUUCGGACAUGAUCCACCAACACGCUCAAACCCUCAUUGCGAACUUGGCAUUAGAACGCAAGGGCGAGGAGGUCCAAGAGCAUCCCAUCAUAUGGGUAGCCCACAGUCUCGGCGGCAUCCUCGUCAAACGAGCCCUUGAGCUUUCCUUCGAUCUUCAAGGCAAUCACGACGAUGACUUGAGGUCAAUCUUCGUCUCAACUUUCGGCGUCAUCUUCCUGGGGACCCCCCAUACUGGAGCCGAUCCCGCCAAGUGGGGAUUGAUACUCCAAGGCAUGGUCAAUGCCCUCGUCCCGAAAAAGCUUUUCGAGACGCACUCCCAGCUCGUCAAGACGUUGAUCAGCAACAAUGAGAUCCUGCAGAAUAUCAACCUUCGCUUCCUGGAUUUGUAUCCUAACCGUCUGAGGAUAUGUAUGGUGCACGAAGGCCACCCGACGGAUUUAAGGGGCACCAAACAUCUGAUUGUCGACCAGUCGGCUGCGAGCCCUCAACUCCCCGACGUCCAGUACUUUGGUAUUGAGGCUACACAUUCGGGGAUGUGCAAGUUCGAGAGUAAGAAUGCUCCGGGCUUUACGAAUGUUUCUGUGACGUUGAGGUCGUGGGUGCAGGAGUGUCCGCAGUUCAUCCAGACAAUGUGGGAUGGGGAGAGGUUCUUGAGGAGACAGAAGAGGGAGGAUGAGAUCGCUCGGCUUCAAAGAAUGUCAGGACUGUUGCCGGGGACUCUGCAGGCGAGUGCCCCAAAUACUCCUGAUCCAGGCUCUGUAUAUAGUUCAAUGGUCAUUGCGAAGUCCACCAUCAGCAUCCCACCCGAUGACGCAGAGCAAGAGGCCCCCUAUUUCAUAAAGCCGUCAGGCUUCCGUCCCAAUUCUCUCUUCGUCGGCCGAGAAUCAGAACUAGAGCAUAUGCACAAAAUGCUCUUUGACAAGAAGAAGCGAGCUGACGGCACAUCCGCUGUCCUGCUGCAGUCACUUCCAGGCGGAGGUAAAACUCACCUGGCUCGGCAGUAUGUGUACAACCACAAAGACGACUUUCCCGGCGGCAUCUUCUGGCUGCGCGCCAAAAGCGAAAAGGAGCUGGCAGCAGGUUUCUGGGAUAUCGCACGUAGAGCAGCACUGAAGCAUCUCGUCAGCACCGAUGAAGCUGGCUCACCGGGAGACCCAGAGCAAUUUAUCAACAUGGUCAAACAGUGGCUCAACAACCGCCACGGGUGGCUUAUGGUACUCGACGGCAUCCACUUCGCCGAAUCCACUGCUGUCAGAAAGUUCAUCCCGGACAGCACGAAUACCAGUCUCAUCUAUACAUCCACUGAAAAAUCAGUCAUGGGCGACUACCAUUUCAUGAAUCCGCAGCUGAUCAAGCUACCGCUUCUAUCUGCUAGAGAGGCGCAGAAGUUACUGCUGCUUGAGUUGGGGAGGAUGGAGCCGUUUGCCAAAGAUGAUUUGAGGUUCUCGAUGGAGCUCGUUCAAUCGAUGGGCUUUUUGCCUGUCGUUAUUCAUGCUGUUGCAAGCAGACUGAAGACCACGGAUGAGCCGCUUUCAAAGUUCGCCCGGACGUACUCGUCAGAGCCUAGGUUACGAGGUCUCGGCACAUAUAUCGCCGUCGUGGAGCAAUUGAAAGGUAUGGGUGCGAAGGAGGCCUUGAAUCUCGUGCAAAUCCUGUGUUUCUUUAGUCAACACAUCCCAGUGGAGAUGAUCUCGCUUGGCAUCAAAGUACUCGAUAUCCCCGUCAAAGCCUUUGAGCCCGUCUCGGGCCACUCGCUGAACAACACUUUCAAGAUUCUCAACACAUUCGCACUGAUCAACCGUAACGAGCAGGAUACCGAGAUCCACUCAUCGCAAAGUUCGAAAGGGAGCCGGGAUAUGCUUUCCGACAACGUCGACGUUAUCCGUCUUCACAGUGUAGUCCAGGGGUUCUUCCUCGACACUCUCCACGCAGAUGGAAGCCUCCUGGUGUGGCUUGAUCGCGCCGUCAGAGUAUUCUGCGGCUCAUACGACAUGGCGAGUGAGAGGAUCUCUCGCAAGGCUCAUCAAGGUCUCGUCGAAGACUACAGACUAUAUGAGAUACACGGUCUCAAGAUCAAGGAGCAUUUGACAAGACAUGUCCCGAAGCGCCUUUCGAGAGACCAGAAAGAGAUCAUGGAUGAAGCGGAUGAGAUGCUGGACGCGCGGCUGAGCGCCAUCAAAGCGGAGAUUGAUCGCAAGACUACGGAAUCGUCCCAGGUCAUCGCUGGAGGGAAAAAUGAACUGUUCCAGACGUCGAUAUUUGAUCGGGCGAGCAGCUGUUCAGAUACGGGCCCCGAGACACCAGGGGAUCUUGAUGCUGGUCGUUCUGGUAUCACGACUUGGGGGUUGGAGACGGGUACAACAGAACACGAGUCACCCUCAAGCUUGACGCAUGAUACGAACUACAUUCGUCGUAUCGAUGAUGCUCAGAAGGCACACUUCCCAUUCCUGGUAUCUGAAGACCCUGGAUAUGAGAGUGAUCACGAAGGAUCUGUUGCGAUGACAUUGCACCCUUCUCUGAGGACUAUCCCACCCGAGCCGAUCAGCACCGAAAGCCCGUGGGAAGAAGUCAGGCCUCGACGGUCGCGUCGAGGUAAAGCUUUACCGCUGCAUCGAAGAAUCAAAAACUUGGAAAAUUCUAGGUAUCGAGACACUGCUGGAGCAUACCGUGUCGUGAAUGCAAUCGAUCCAAGAUUGAGUCGCGAUCACGCCCAAGGUUAUUUACAAGAUAGUCUGUCCAGAACUCAGUCUAGAGGAAGAAUAUCUGGACGAUCUGGUGCCGAAGAAUCCCUUGCACACAUUAAUCAGAGUAGACCACCGCCGGCUAGAGGUGGAGGAGGCAUGAUCCAGGUCCGGCGCUCGUCGUCACUCAAGCGGAAUAGAGGUCGCCUCAUAUCCGGGCUCUCUUCGUAUGCAGCUGCUGUGGCUGGGCCUACACGAGAAGUGAUCUCUGGGACGAGAGAGCUCAAUAAUCCAAUUGAUAUCGUUAGUGAGAGCGAGAGCGCCGCAUCGCUGGAGAGGCCUCGUACCUCUGCCGUGGAGUCCCUGCAAAAGCUUCCCAUUGACCGGCCAUCCACAUUAGCAGUAAUGCCACCCUACCCAGUCACACCAGCCAUUGCUUUCUCAUCCGCUACCCAGUACUUCUCAGCAGACAAUACAUACGACCAACAGGACCUCUCACUUGGGCCCGAGCCCUUACCAUCAAACGUCUACCCUCGUCCCGAAGGCCUUCCACCCAUUGAAGCUCAAAGAUCAAGCUCGCCACAUACAAUCGUCUGUCAUACUCUUGGACGCGAAACUCAGUCCGAACCUCUGCCUGCGUCCAUGGUGCUCUCCCGCUCCGAUAUAAGCGAGAUGAGCCUGCUCUCCCUCUCCUCUUCUGCCGCCCAAGUCCAGCGUCCGCACUCGAGCUCGAUCGGCGCAUAUUACCCCGGCCGUCCCGAGCUCUCGAACGCAGAGGGCGGAUAUGCAAGUCAACUCAUUUCGCGCGACCCGUUGGGGCAAUCCGUGGCUGCGCGCUCGACUGGCUCCCUAGAAUUGAACCUGGAAAGAGAGGAGAGGGCAAGGAAAAGGAGACCCAGUGUGGCAGCCACCGAGCCGGAGCCCCGACUACCAGUGUUCAGUCCGAGGAUUGCGCCAACUAGCUACCAGGCUUACGAAAGAAUGAGGCGAAGAGACGAGGCGAAGAGUCUGAGUCGUAGGCAGCAUAGACUGCUAGACUCUGAGGGACGCGAGAGGAGCACGAGUAGGAGCCAGAGUCGAGGUAAUCAGAGUCCUCGCUUGGAUGCCGCGAGGGCCGCGCUGAUUGAGAAGUUGGAUGAUCGGGGACACGAGGACUUAAAUCUAAACACGUCGACAUCGCCGCAACCCCCUGGGCCCAAACAUCCCAUCAACCCUACCGCCGCGACCUUCUCACCCUCACCCUCACCCUCCACCUCCUCAAACUUCACGUUCUCGCCCCCCACCAUCCCAUACCAUUCAGCUCCACCGUCUCUGCCUAACAACUCACCCUACUUACCAUCCUUAGUCUCAUCGACCUACCCAUCACCAAAUCCACCACCACCACCCUACCACUGCUCCCCGCAGCCAGGUGAAGGCGGUGCAGAGAUGCAGCGAGGCGGUAGCAAUGGCUCCUCCGGGGGUGCGGGCGUGCGGCUCGGAGCCAGGGUCAUCGAGUUCGGCGACUACCCCGAGCCGGUCGAUUUGGCGCUGGCGAGGGAACGAGCGUCGGUGUUGCGGAUUCGGGGCAAGAGGGACAGGGCUGCUUCUGCUGCUGCUGCUGCUGCUGCUGCUGCUAAGGGAGAGCGGGAGCGGGAGAGAAGGGAUGUUGAUGUCGGAGAUGAUGAUGAUGAUGAUGAUGACGACGACGACGGAAAAUGGAGCUGGGGAAUCGCUGUCACUGUCGCUGUUGCUAUCCGGGUCUGA